AUGUGUUUAGUAGUGACAUUAUUUCAUUGUUUAUAUAAUGUAAUCAAUUUGAUUUCACUGAUUCUCUUGAGUAUCUUAAGCAUCUUAACAACCACAAUCCAGGCUGCCCUAGGAAACAACUCCUGGGAAGAACAGACAUGGCCAGAGGGCCUGAAGAAUUUUCCAUUUCCCUGCAAGCCAGAGGAGAUAUCAUUCAGUCCUCCAUCAGAGUCAGUUCAUUCUCUGAGAAUCUCUGAUAUCAGAUUUGUUGGGGCCAUUGGGAACCUGGAAACAACUCCAGAUGCAAAGAUGGUCCUGAAGCGGCAAAAAUGGACUGAGAGAAACCAAAUGCAGACAUGCAUGCAGGUGAUGACAGUUCUUUCAGAUUUCAUCAAGAAGUUCAGUCCAUCUGUCUUGCCACUUUUGUGCCCAACCAGGGGGAAGGUUUUGCCGAGAAUGAGAAAUGAAGACCUAGGGCUCCAGGCCAGAGAACUGGUGGGACACAUGAAAAAGAAUGAGAAACUGAAUUUUCAUAAUGACUGGAAACUCAUCAAUGUCUUCUUCAAUGCCCAGAGCCAGUGUCAUCCUUGUUCCUCCAGCCAACAGGAGGGUAACAUGACCAGCAGCAUGCAAGAACUAAUAAGACUCUUGGACUACUUGCAGCAGGAGGUCCCCAAAGCCUUUGUGAACCUGGUGGAUAUCUCAGAGCUUGGGAAUUCGUUUCAAUCAAAUAAUCAGGAGAAUGGACCCAGGGACCUAAAUGAAGUGUGUGAGUGCCCACAGGAGCCUUCCCGACUGACCACAGUGGUGCAGAGAUGGUACUAUCAGAACUCAUGGGAAAAACUACUGGCCUCUGGAAGAUAUGAUACACAAGAUACUUUCACAGUAAUUUAUCAUUCUUUCCUCCAUGAGAUAGAUCCUUCUGUUUUCCCGAGAAAACAGACUUCUGGUUCCUCCCUGAGAAAGUUAUCGACUGCCCUUGCCUUGAGUCUUUGGAAUGGCAUGAUAGAUCCAACAGGAAGGAAGGAAGAGUUAUUCACCACAGGACAAAGAAUUCCAGUGAAAUGUCCUACCCAGAAAAACCCUUAUCUCUUCACCUACAGAAACAAUAAUAAACUCUCUUCCGCACCGGAGAUCAAGAGGAGGUCUGAGACGAGAGAAGGAACAGAAAUCCGAUGUCCCAAUAUGGAUCCCUCCAACGAGGUGCCCAUUUCAGUUCAUCAUUUGAGACCUGCUGAUGUCAAGGUGAUUGGAGCCCUGGGAGACUCACUUACUGCAGGUAAUGGGGCAGGAUCUAUGCCUGGCAAUGUCCUUGAUGUCCUAACUCAAUACCGAGGUCUCUCUUGGAGUAUCGGAGGGAAUGAGAACAUCAGCACAGUCACCACCCUAGCAAACAUUCUCAGGGAAUUCAACCCAUCCCUAAUUGGCUUCUCCACUGGCACUGGAAACCAGAACAGUGCAGCGGCCUUCCUGAACCAGGCUGUAGCAGGAGCCACAUCAGAGAAUCUGCCUAGCCAGGCUAGGAGAUUGGUGGACCUGAUGAAGGAAAACGAAAGGAUAAAUUUCCAAGAUGACUGGAAGAUAGUAACCCUCUUUAUAGGAGGAAAUGACCUCUGUGACUCCUGCAAUGACCCACUUCGGUUUUCUGCUCAGAACUUCACAGCACACAUUGGGAAGACUCUGGACAUCCUCCAUGCAGAGGUUCCUCGAGCCUUUGUGAACUUAGUAACUGUGCUGUCAAUUGCCAGCCUGAGGGAGCUGUACCAGGAGGAGAACAUCAACUGUCCAAGGCUGAUACUCAGGUCCUUGUGUCCUUGUGUGCUGAAGUUUCAGGACAAUUCCACCGAACUCACCACCCUCAUUGAGUUGAACAAACAAUACCAGGAGGAAACUCACCGGCUAGUUGACAGUGGGAGAUAUGAUACCAGGGAUGAUUUCACAGUGGUUUUGCAGCCAUUUUUGGAGCAAGUUCCUAUGCCAAAGACCCCGGAGGGGCUGCCUGACAGCUCUUUCUUUGCCCCAGAUUGUUUCCACUUUCACGGCAAGGCCCACGCACGUGUAGCCAGAGCUCUCUGGAACAACAUGCUGGAACCAGUUGGAGAGAAGAAAAAAGAAGAGAAUCUUGAAAACAUAAUCAAUGUAAUUUGCCCUAGUCAGAAUCAGCCCUACCUACGAACUUAUAAGAACAGCAAUUAUACCUAUCCAACAGCAACUCCUACCAGCAGCCCCAAACCGGGUUAUGGGAGCCAGCUGUGGUGUGAAGACAGAGCCCCUUCUGCCUCUUUCCCCACGUCAGUACAUGCUCUGAAACCAGCAGACAUUCAAGUUGUUGCAGCUGUGGGUGAUUCUCUGACUGCUGGCAAUGGAAUUGGCUCAAAACCAGAUGAUCUUCCUGAUGUCAUCACUCAGUAUCGGGGACUGUCCUAUAGUGCAGGAGGUGACGCCUCAUUAGAAAGUGUGACCACCUUGCCUAAUAUCCUCCGGGAGUUUAAUAUGAACCUAACCGGCUUCGCGGUGGGCGUGGGGAGUGCUGAUGAUGCCAACGCCUUCCUCAAUCAGGCAGUACCAGGAGCAAAGGCUGAGGGACUUAAAAAGCAAGUCCAGACCCUGGUGCAGAAGAUGAAAACUGACCCGAGAAUUGAUUUCCAAAGAGACUGGAAGGUGGUCACUCUGCUCAUUGGGACCAGAGACCUUUGUGACUAUUGCACUGACUCAAAUUUGUAUUCAGCCACCAACUUUUCUGCUCACCUUCAAGAUGCCUUGGACUUCUUGCACAGGGAGGUACCCAGAGCCUUGGUCAACCUCGUGGACUUCAUGAACCCCAUCAUCUUGCGACAGGUGGUCCUGGGGAACCAAGACAAAUGCCCAAUGACGCAGGCAAGCUCCUUAUGUAACUGCCUCCUGACAGUCAGAGAAGAAUCUCCAGAGCUGGCCAGAAUGAAGGAAGUCAUCAAAGCCUACCAGACCCACAUCCGAGAGCUGGUGGAGUCGGGCCGCUAUGACACUAGAGAAGACUUCACAAUAGUUCUGCAGCCCUUUUUAGAAGAAGUCAAGCUUGCCUUCCAGCAGGAUGGAAUCCCAGAUGUCUCCUUCUUUGCCCCAGAUUGUAUCCACCCAAAUCAGAAAUUCCACUCCCAGCUCUCCAGAGCCCUUUGGAACAAUAUGCUUCAGCCGUUAGGGAAGAAGAUGGAUUUCCUGGAUUUGACAGCAGAUACAGCUCUAUCCUGCCCAAGUCUGGAGGAGCCCUUCCUGAGGACCUACAGGAACAGUAACUACACAUACCCAGCCAGUCCUGCUAUUGAGAACUGGGGCAGUGAUUUCUUGUGCCCUGAGCAGGGGUCAUCCAACAGUGCUCCCUCAUCAGUCCACCAACUUCAACCUGCUGACAUCAAGGUGGUUGCAGCUCUGGGAGAUUCGCUAACUACAGCUGUAGGAGCUGGAGCCAAAAAUGACAGUAACUGGUCCACAGCUUGGAGGGGCUUGUCCUGGAGUAUCGGAGGAGACGGAACCUUAGAAACCCACACCACUUUGCCAAAUAUUUUGAAGAAAUUUAACCCCUAUCUCCAUGGAUUUUCCACUGGCACCCAGGAAGAGGCAGCUGGACUAAAUGUAGCGGUGGGAGGGGCCAUAGCACAGGACAUGCCAAGCCAAGCCCGUAUCCUAGUGGACAGAAUGAAAAAUAGUUCGGAAAUCAGCCUGGAUCAAGACUGGAAGCUGAUCACAAUCUUUGUUGGAAGCAACGACCUCUGUCAGUACUGUGAAAAUCCGGAGGCCCAUUCAGUAAAAAACUAUGUACAGUCCCUUCAACAAGCACUGGACAUCUUCUAUAAAGAGUUGCCUCGAGUCUUCAUCAACGUGGUGGAAAUUAUGGAGCUGGUUGGUCUGCGUCAGAUUCAGGGGGAAAAAUGUGCAGUGACAACUCAAUCUAGUUGCCCUUGCUUUGGACGAUCCCUAGAUAAUUCUCCUGAAUUGCAAGAGAUGAAGAACAUUAAUAGACAUUUCCAGAGUGGUAGCUCAUUGAUCACCUACAGUCACCAAUACAUGGAGCGGGAGGACUUUGCCGUGGUGGUGCAGCCAUUCUUCCAAAACACUGUGGUUCCGUUGGAUGAUAAAGGAAAGCCAGACCUGAGUUUCUUCUCUGUGGAUUGUUUUCACUUCUCUGAGAGGGGACAUGCUGAGAUGGCCAUUGCACUCUGGAACAACAUGUUGGAACCAGUGGGCCAGAAGCAGACUUACAACAACUUCACCUACAGCAGGACAAAAGUCAAAUGUCCAACCUCUGACAACCCCUACUUUUUUACUAUGAGGAAUAGUGGGCUGCUCGGAAAGGAAGGCAGGAACAAGACUCCCAGUGUGCCCUUCUGGGCCGUGCUGGUGGCUGCUGCUGCCAGCUUCCUAGUUGGCAUGGUGCUGGUGAUGCUGUGGAGGACCAAGAAAUGCUCUCGGAGGGAAGAACGCCCUAUCAGCCUUGUGGCAACAGUCUUUUAA